UGAUCCACAAAAUCUUGAACCUUAAAAAAAUCAUUCAUAUAUGCUUUUACUGAUCAUCUCUUUCAUCGCUCUCUCUCCAUUCACAUUCACAGAUUUCUUCUUCUUAGGUAGGUCAGGUCACUGCUUUGCUGGUGCAGCCGGCCGGACAUGGCUCAAGCAAUGCUGCUGAAUGCAAAUGUGUCUAGAGCCGAGCCAUUGAUUACAACACUUAAGCCAAAGUCCUUUUACCAUUCUGUUUUGCCCUCAAGAUAUCUUAAUUUUCUUUCUCUUUCUAGAUCAUCAGCCACAAGUGUUGUUGCUCUCUUCAAGACCAAAACUAAGGCUCCUGUUAAGGGUGCUGCGGUGAAGGAGAAGGCUAAAGUUGAAGACGGUAUUUUUGGCACUUCUGGUGGCAUUGGAUUUACUAAGCAAAAUGAGCUCUUCGUUGGCCGUGUCGCCAUGAUUGGAUUUGCAGCAUCGCUGCUGGGAGAAGCGAUUACAGGGAAAGGAAUUCUGGCGCAAUUGAAUCUCGAGACUGGAAUUCCGAUCUACGAAGCGGAGCCUCUUCUUCUGUUCUUCAUCCUCUUCAACCUUCUAGGAGCAAUCGGAGCACUCGGCGACCGCGGCCGCUUCGUCGACGACGACGACGCCGCGGCCACCGGACUGGAAAAGGCAGUUAUACCUCCCGGGAAGGGAUUCCGAGCUGCGCUAGGGCUCGGGAAAGGGCCGUUGUUCGGUUUCACGAAAGCAAACGAACUGUUCGUGGGAAGAUUGGCUCAAUUAGGGAUUGCCUUCUCGAUAAUUGGGGAGAUCAUCACCGGUAAAGGAGCUCUUGCGCAGCUGAAUAUCGAGACUGGAGUCCCGAUUAACGAGAUCGAGCCUCUAUUACUGUUCAACGUAGCCUUCUUCUUCAUUGCCGCCAUUAAUCCUGGAACUGGAAAGUUCGUCACUGAUGAGGAAGAAGCUUGAUGCGUUAGUGCAGUGCCUGCCAUUUGUCUACCUGCAAUCAUUAAUAGAAUUUAUAAUUGAAUUCCAGUCAACGUGAUCAGCCAUUUAUUCCUAAUCCAAACCCUACCUUUUCUCGAUC